CUCCGCUUCUCCAAUAUCAGGUCUACUUCGGCAACAGAAAAAUAAUAGUAACAAUCGGUGAUGGUGGUGGUGUUCGGUUCUAUUGAUUGAGCCACUAGUCUUCAUUCUUUUUUAUUAUUCUGCAAUUUAGUUCUCUUAUUAUUAGAUCUUAAUAUUGGAUCUCUUCUUUAAGAUUUGAUUCCCUUGCACUCAUUUUUUCUAUGCAUUCUCUUUCGAAACAAUAGCAUCAUAAUUGAGUUGUGGGUACAAUGUCAAAAAAAAAAAAAAAAAUGAGUUGUGGGUACAAAAUCAAAGGAGAGAACAAAUAUUUGUUUAUUUGCUGGAAGGAUAGGCUCCUUUUUUCGAUAUCAGCCUGGAGAUUCAGAAGGUGUGGUUGAGAGAUUAUUGACUGCGUUUUCUAUUUUUUUUUUUUUCACUGUUUCAUGUAUAAAGGAUGUUAUGGUUUUUGCCAACAAUUGUAAAGUGUUCCAACGAAAUAUUUCGAAUAAUUUUUAGCUCUUUGUUUUACAAAAUUUUUCAGUUAUUUAUUUCUUUAGUUUAGCUAUUUUAUAAAUUUAGCUGCACGGCUUUUGGAUUUAUUUUGCAAAGUUGAACUCACCUCUCUCUAAUAGAUCGGAAAUACCGCUCCUAAAGAAACAACUCUUUUCCGUUUCUUUCAGUGAUGGAAUUAUAGGAAACUGGUUGCACACUUUUAUCUUUCAUCGUCAACGAAGUACACUGGGGCUAAGUUUUGGCGAUGGGAGGAGGAAUAUAUGGAGAAGAGGGAGAUGAGUAAGAAAAAAUGAAGUUUAGGGGUACCAUUUGUGAUUUUAAAAAAUUUAGGACGGAAGUGCUACUUCACCAAAUUUCAGAAACUAAAUAUUUAAUAUAUAAAAAAUACGAUAUGAGUUAAUUAAUUUUAUAAAAUUUCGGGACGAUAUAAUUAUUUUCAAAAAAGAAAAAAAAAAAAAAAAGUGAAAACGCAUGUUUUGGGGUCCGUUUUGGUAGCAAUCAAAAACCCUAGCACCAAAGGCCAAAACCCUUCCUGCAAAUUUUCCAUGAAGCAGAGUAAUCAAAAGAUCAAAUUUGUCAUUGAAACAUAAAACCAAUGGACUCAAUAAUGGCUACUUCAUCAGGAAAAUCAUCAAGCAACAAGAAGAAGAAGAGGAAGCUAACCAGUCCCGAAGAUAAACCAAGACCUCCAAAAAAGUACCAUAUUGGUAAGCCAGAGAAAGAGAAGGAAGUAUUAGGAGUGAGUGAAAGCUCAAAACAGUCAGAAUUGGAUCGUAUAGUCGAAGUAGGGCGUUCAUGGAAAAAUCUACAAUUGAUUCUGUCGCUCCAGAGUAAAGAAAUUGACCUCCAAAAGAAGAUUGAAUUAGCUUUCAAUUAUGUGAACACGAGGGAAGGAGAAGGUGAGGAAGAUUAUGAAACAGUGCAAGUCUCUCGACUUGUCGUUUUUCUGAACGACUGGGUUCAGUCACUGUUGAUUUCUACUGAUAAGAAAGUUGUAGCUGAGUCUGGUGUUAUUGAGACAUGUUUAGAUUAUAGAUGUUGGCUGAUUUUCAAGUACUGUUUGGAAGAAUCUGUGAGGUUGCAAGUUUCUUUGACUUUCUCGCGGAAUCUUUUGCGAGCUUUUUCUUGUGUUUCAAGAAAUGCAUUGUCUUUAAUCACAGAAAUGCGUUUCGGUUCUAAAGAUUUGGUUUUUAUUGGUGAAGAGUUUGAAUUGUACAGUCUUGUCUUGGAUUGUGUUUCUAUGGUAUUCUCAUCUCAUGGUGGCUUGUCAAAUGAAAAUUUGGACUUGUGGAUUUCUACUGUCCGUGCAGUUCUUGAGCUGGUGCAUAAAAUUUUUUUUGAGAAUCUUGUCGGUGGUAAUGCAGGUGCUUUUGCACUCAGGUUUUCUUGCUUGGUGCUUGAGCCAUUUGCCAGAUUUUUAAGGGUCCACCCGCCUCGAAAAAAUGGUUUUCAUGAGUUUGUGGAUGAACUUCUUGGGUUUCUAUUGUAUUUACUGGGUAUGCUGCAUGGUCAGUUUGAUGGAAGCAAUGCUGGUUGUACAAGAAAAUUGUUGACUAUAGUUGAAGAAGUUUUAUCACAAGGACUGUUUCAUUCAAUCCAUAUUGAUGGAUUUUUGAGCUUACACAGUGCAAGAAAAUAUUCUUCAUCAAAUGAUGGGAAAAUGAAACCCACUAAAACAGUCAUUAAAAGUUACCAUAGGCAUUUGUUUGAUAAACUGGAAUGGAUUAUUGCCUCAAAGAAGGAGUCUGAGUUGAAUGGCUUAGGAGAACUAUUUCAUUUGUUUGUUGAUCGGGUGAAAAAUAACAAAGCAGCUUCAAUGUUGUCUGAAGAGACCAAGCUGUCAGAGGAAAUUGAAAGAUCUAAGCAUUUAGCUGCUCAUAGUUCUAAAGUGGUACAUCAUAUUAGUAGUGUACCUACAGAAAUUAGUUAUAACUCUAGUAAUUUGACUGACGAAAAAAGAGAAUCACUUUUAGAUUUUUUUGUACAGAUUAUGGAGCCUCUUUUAGUUGAGAUUAAUGGCUACCUUGAAACUAAAUUAGAAGUAGGCCCUCUCUUGUUGGAUGCCCACUGUACACUCAAAUCAAUUAAUCAUUUACUAGGCAGCCUUUUUCAAGAAAAAUUAUACCUAAAAACCGCGGAUAUCUCUGGAAGAGCUUUCCGUAAUUUCUUGAAGAAGGUUUAUAAUACUGUUCUCUCAUUUUCCACCAAAUCACUUUGUUUGUCAGCAAGUGAUUCAGAUAACCAGACACAAGAGAUAUUAAUUUUAGUAGCAAAACAGUUCUUUGUUACUGCCCAAAAUUUUCUGGAUAUUGAAUAUGAAGUUAUUGAGAAUGAUUUAACCAGCUUAUGGCUUAUGGCACUUUCUUACUUGGCACUUGGUUAUUAUUUUAAGGAUGUGUCAGAUCAUUGCUCAUUAACUGCCCAAAUACUAGGAUUUGCAAGUCAGCUGGUUAAGCUUUAUAGUGAACUUCGGCAGGUGGAAAGUGCCAUAUUUGCACUCUGUAAAGCCAUUAGACUUAUUAUCACACGUGAGAACAAUAGUGGGGAUAGGCAGAUUUACGGUUGGUUCAGGUCCUGCAUAUCCUGUUUACCUUAUGAAACAUAUGCAAAAUCAGUGGGAAUGCUGCUAUGCGCACAAGAGUUUAAACUAACCAUUCACAAUGGUAUUAAGUCCAUACCAGAAGGACAGGCUGGUGAAUGUAUUAGGCUAUUAAGCAUAGACUUAAUGGAGUCCAUGGAAUGGAUAAAAAGCUGUUCAGCUGCUGACGGAAUGGAACUUCUGGAAUCACAAGAAGGGAGUUCUAAGAUGCUCUAUUUUGAUCUUCAAGCCGAACUUUUUGGACGAGGAUUGUCUGAAAUGUAUGCAAUGGUUAUGGAGUCAUUGACUGUAACAGUUGGGAACAGUAGCCUCCUCGGACGAUCUAUAGAGGAUCUAAUAACUGUAAUUCGUCCCUGCAUGAGUAUUCUGGCUGGACAACAGCCAGAUAGUGCCUACGAUUUCCUCUCUUACAUCACAGGAAAAACUACUGAUAAGGGACCUGAUGGCAACAAACUUGAUAUGCUGAAUUUUGGUGUUUCCACUCACUGGGUCUUCGUGUUCUUUUUUCGCUUAUACAUAUCCUGCCGAAGCUUAUAUAGGCAAGCAAUCACCCUCAUGCCUCCAGAUACAUCAAAAAAGAUGUCAGAAGUAAUGCGGGAUUCAUUUACAGCAUACUCUGGAAGAGAUUCAAUAGAAAGGACUGAGUGGAAAACUGAGGGUUAUUUUUCAUGGAUUGUCCGACCUUCAGCUUCUCUUUGUGUCAUCAUUCAAUCUGUCUCUGACAUUUGUCUUCAGGGCAGCAAUGCAGAUUGCUCUUCUCUGAUUUAUGUAUUGCAUGCUAUGGCUCUUCAGAGGCUUGUAGAUUUGAACAGGCAGAUAAAAUCUUUGGAGUAUAUACUGCAAAUACAGGUCAAGUUGCUUGGUGAUACUAGCUUGUCGGAGUAUUGUAAAAGGAGCAGAAAGUGGGGAAGAUGCCUUUCUAAUAUAAGGGAGGAGGGAGAGAGCCUUACUCAGUUCAUCUUGAGUUACCUCUCAUUAUUGGGUAGUGAUCGAGUUUCAGACUGUACUACUGCUGAUGAAACUGGUCUUGCUACCUACGGCCAAGCUUUUGAUGAAAGUGAAAAAUGGGAUUUCAGUAUCUGUUCUGUGAACAACAAGUCGUUGCUUACUGCAAUCUGGUGGAUUGUUUGUCAAAAUAUUGAUAUUUGGUCUAUUCAUGCUAGUAAGAAAAUGUUAAAGAUAUUCCUCUCCCAUGUCAUCUGCACUUGUCUACCCUCUAUCACAAGAAGCUUCACGGAUGGGGAAAACAGCCAGGCUGACGAAGCUGGUUUUCUGAGAAAAAUUACUAUGCAUCAUAUCUCAUCAGAACUUCUGAAUAAUCCCAUACUGUAUGAACAUAAAUUUGUCUGCAGGCACUUGGCUUCAAGUUUUUGCCAUCUUUUGAAGAAAUCAGUCCUACCAUUAUUUAGUGAUUUUUCAAUCGAGGAUGUUGACUUAAAUUCAUCACCUCAUUGGCAAGAGGUUUUAAGUGCAGUUGGAAGCUUACCAGUGGCUGUUCCAGGAAGCAAAACUGUUACUUUUCAUAAGCUUUCAGAGGGAAGACCAAUUUCUCAUUCAUUGCAUAAGACACCUGCAGAUUUUUCCACAGAGUUAAAGGACAAGAAAUUUACAUCUUGUCAGAGUUUGCUUAGUUUUUUGUGUUGGAUGCCAAAAGGAUAUAUGAAUUCAAGAUCAUUCGCACGUUAUGUCACUUUUCUGCUCAAUCUUGAACGGAAUGUAAUUAGCAGCUUAUUAGAAUUUCAAGAUGCAUCAUCCUCAUGUAAGCAAUAUGAACUCUUAAAGUUGCUUUUCUCCUGCCGGAGGGCCUUGAAAUAUUUAACUAUGGUAUUUUCUGAGGAGAAGACAAGAAUUACUGCAUCAUCAGUCAUUCCAGUGCUGUCUGAAGGUUCAUUUCCUAUGUUAUGGCUUUUCAAAUCGGUGUUCUUGGUGGUUGGGCUUCAAGAGACACUGUCAGAAGAUGAUGCUGAUGAAAUUAGAGAGAUGAUGUUUUCAUUUUUGGAUCACACUUCCUAUAUUUUCCUGAAAUUGAGUGAGUAUCAUUUUACUUUUGCACUUCACUCUGCAUUUGGUAAAGAACCUCAUGAAGUGCAACCCAACACUAAUAUUGCACAGGAAUAUGAUGCUUUGAAUGAAUCUGAUCCUUGUUUGGGUUCCUUAGAAAAUAAUGAAGCAUGGAAAAGUAUUCUUCUCAUGGCUCAGAGUUUGACGCAAAAUAUGCAGGGCUUACUUAUUUCUUUGAAGGGUAGCCUUAUCAAUGAGAAAGCAGAAAAUGAUGUCAAUGUUAAUUUGAACAAAUUAUCCUCUAUAGCUUCUUGUAUGAGUGGCUUCUUGUGGGGUCUAUCAUAUGGCUUGAACCAUUCAAAUGCAACAGAUAAUGAUAAGGUGAAAUUGGGAUUGAAUUUUGAGCCCAACAUUGGUCUGUGCAUCAACGUGUUUGCAGAUUUUUUAAAUUUUGUCUCGCACAUGUUAUUUGUGGAGGUUGGUCAUCAACCUAGAUGUUCAUUUGAUGAUCAAAAUUUUCUAAGCCCAUCUGAUUGCAGCUGUUUGUCAGUUUCAAGGCAGAUUUCAGAUAAAGGGUCUUGUCACACUGUUACUCUAGGUGGUGCACAGGAUCAGAAGUUAAGAGCUGCAGAAAACUGCUCAACAUCAUUAAAUACAGAUGAUAACUUUUGGAGUAUUCAUAGGAAUAGUUCACAGUUGGAAGAAUCAACUUCAGUUGGCAGUAUUACAUGCCAUUGUCGAAAAAAUGGUUUGUUUCAAGGCUUGCUAAAAGGUGACAAUCCUGAAGCUGCAAUCUUGAUCAGACAAUUGUUGAUGGCUUCUUCAGCUCUCUUGAAGCUAAAUUUGCAGAGCAAUGAUAGUUCCUCUUUGUCCAGCUUGAUUGCAAAUUGUUUUGGCUUAUCUAAAAUCUUGCUAUUGAAGUUUGCAGAUGUGUCAGAGGUGCCACAACCAUUCUCUUUUAUUUGCUUAGAUGGUGUUAUUAAGUAUUUGGAAGAAUUAGGAAAUUUUCCCGGUAAUCAUACCUUGGAUGAGAAUAUGUAUGGCAGGUUGGUAGAGUUGUACUUAAAUGCUCUAGGAAAAUGCAUUAGUCUACAAGGAAAAGAAGCUACUCUGGCUUCUCACGAGACAGAGUCAAGUACUAAGAAACUCUGCAGUAAUAAAGGAUCAUCUGAAACAUCUUUUUCACGCAUGUCACUCUUCUUGAACUCAUUCAAAUCUAGGUUGAGGAUGUCAUUCAAAGUUUUAAUAAGCAAGUCGUCAGAGUUUCACAUGUUGUUAGAGGCCAUUAAGAAAGAAUUGAUGGGAGUGCAUAAAGGCUGUAGAACAAUCUGCAAAAUAAAUACAGGGAGUGCAGAUGGUGGCAGUGUGUCUUCAACUGUUGCUGCUGGCAUCGACUGCUUGGAUCUGGUUCUGGAAUAUACCUCAGGUCGUAAACUUUCAGAAAAGCAUGUUCAGAGUUUAAUUCCAUCGCUAUUCAACAUAAUCCUUCACUUGCAAAGUCCAUUACUUUUCUAUGGUAUGCCAACUGGUAGUAUCUGCAAGGGUCCAGAUCCAGGAGCAGUCAUUCUCAUGUGUGUUCAGGUACUAACAAGAAUUUCUGGAAAAGGAAAACUUAAGGAUUCUUGGCAUGUGGCACAAACUUUGCGCAUACCUGGAGCACUUUUUCAAGAUUUCAGUCAACUUAGACUUUUUGAAGGCCCACUUCUAUCUGAUAAAUUCUUGUUCCUGGAUAACCAAGAUGGUGGUCCUGUAGCAGGCAUGCAUUCCUGUGAUGUAGAUCAACAAUUCUCAAUAGAAUUAUUUGCUUCUUGCUGCCGAUUACUAUACACAACUUUGAAGAAAUGCAAAAGGACGUCAGAGGAUUGCAUUCCUUUGCUUCAGGAAUCUUCCUGUAUUCUUCUUAGUUGUUUGGAGACGGUGGAUAAUGACUUGAUAGUCAGAAAAAGUUAUUUUUCAUGGGGGUUUCAAGCGGGAGUGGAAUGUGCCUGCUAUCUCCGGAGGAUUUAUGAAGAGUUACGACAGCAAAGUGACAUCUUUGGCAAGCACUGCUACAAGUUUUUAUCAAAUUACAUAUGGGUUUAUUCAGGAUACGGUCCCCUUAAAACUGGCAUCAGAAGAGAAAUAGAUGAAGCUCUGAGACCAGGUGUAUAUGCUCUAAUAGAUGCCUGCUCAGAUGAUGAUCUUCAGUAUCUUCAUUCUGUAUUUGGAGAGGGUCCUUGCAGAAGUACCUUGGCAAUUUUGCAACAUGAUUACAAACUGAAUUUCAAAUAUGAAGGAAAAGUUUGAUUUAAGAUUUUCCUACUGCAGCAGAAAAGUUAUUGUGGACAAGAAACAUUAAAUCCAAUUUGAAAAAAGUAAAAAAGAAAAAAGAAAAUGGAAGCUAAGGAGAAAAAGGGUUGAUGAAGCUGAUUGGUUGAUAAAGUUGAAAUCACUGUUGAAAGCUUCUGAUUCAAAAGUCUCCAACUUUUGUUUUCGCCUCAUUGGGCAAGGGAUGCCAAAUGGGGCAACAGGCAGGGUUGGGGAUUGCCUCUCCCAUCCUCGCCCCACAAAAGAUUGGUCUUGCAGGGAGAACUUCCCCGUCGGAAAUUGUAGCAGAGCAAGUUUUGUUACGAGAAUUUUUUAUUCUUUUUGUUUUUUAUUUUAUUUCAAUGUAUCAUUAUAAAAUAUAAAUUUGUUUUGUUCAAAAAGUAAACUAUAGGUUACAAUUUUGGACAUAAUGUUGAUAUAGAUAUACUUUUUAUUAAAAUUAUAAUAUAUAAAUACUUAAAUA